AUGUCUCCUGUGCCAGGCAGCGCAGGCAACAAGGGGCCGAAAAUUGUUAGCAGUACAUCAAGCUCGGUGCCAACCAAGCUCGCUGCAACUGACAAAGAUAUCUAUGGACCACCCCAGAGCCCGGGAACCUCGUCAGACGAAGAUGACCUAGCACGAACAGCGAAUAUUAUGCCCACGAAUUUCAGAAAAAGAGCAUCAGAGCAACCGGACAGAGCAUCCUCGAAGAACAAAAGCGCUCGCGGUAGCAAGCUUGGACAGGUAACUGUUAACGGAGCUCGCGCAGAGAAAAACACCCGAAGCAGUCCAAGAAGAAAAGAGAUAGCUUCAUCACAGAGUAGUGAUUUGAGUAGUCCGAAGAGAAAAUGCCAGGAGCUUGGGACGGGAAUGGUGGAUUCUUUUGGACGUGUGCAGUUCAAGAAACCAAGGACAAAGCCAACAUUUCGCUCAAGCCAGUCUAGCCAGAGUGGGACUCCAACAUAUGGGGGAAAGGCGAAAGAUGUAUUAUCUGCGGCAUUUAAGUCUUCAAGCAUGCCCGAAGAAAGCUCCGACGACUCUCCAAAGAAGAGUUUCCGAGCAAUAUCUACUCUUACGGAUUUUGAAAGCCCCGAGAAAUCUGGAGCAGAAGAUAGGAAGCUAUUUAAAUAUUCGGAUGUGCCAGGGACCCCUUCAACUCCAGGAUCCAGUAAAAGAUUUAUCGCCAGCACCCUCACACCCAGUCCCUUGAAAAGGAGCGAAACACCCGGGGCUCUAUUCAAAGUACCUUCCUUAGAUGAUUUGUUUACGGACGAGCUAUUAGGCCCAGCUCCUGGCCAACCCUCACCUACGAGAACCAAAAGAUCGCGACGGAAACCCAAAGUGGAGGAGAUGCCCCUCACGCAAUUGCCCUCUUUCAAGAUUCACAGCGAGAUAGAUGAGCUCGUAGGGCCCAUUCGGACGGAAGAUAACGCUGACCGACCUCCUGUUCUUACAAGCCUACUGGAGAGUGAUGAUUUUGCAAAUCAGACCCAAAAACCCCGUUGUCCCAUGUGCAAUGAGCUUGUUGACCCUACCGAUCUGGAGGAGUUGAGCCAUAUGAAUACCCGCAAGCAAGAGCAAUUCUGCCUAUCUCACCAAAGAAAGACUGCCCGAGCUACCUGCAAAGCUCAAGGCUAUCCUGAAAUCGACUGGAAAAGCCUCGACUCUCGAAUAGCCAAACAUCGCUCGUUUAUUAAAGACCUGAUAAAUGGUGGUGAAUCGCAUUACCGUACUAUGCUAGAUGAGAAGGUUCAGACAGGAAAAGACCGAAAUUUGCUACAGAUGACCUCAAAUCUUACACCAGGAUAUUAUGGGACCCGUGGUCUACGUGUUAUGUCAGAGAAUAUUAUGCAUGAUUUUACCCCUUUGCUUAAGAAGAGGGUUGUAAAGGAUAGACUCAUGGCUGCUCGAGGUGUGGCUGGGUUUGUCGAGUCCGUUGUCGUUCCUGAAGUCGCGGUGCUAUUGAUUAAGGAAGACAUGAGUGUCGGGUCCGGAGAAGCACGGGAUAUCCUAGCGGAUAGUGCCAGUCUUGGUGAGCUUAUCCACGAGGAAGUCCGAGAUAUCGUUAAGCGGCGAAUUGAGGAUAGUGAGGAGGAUGAUGAUUUUUGA